CCCAAGACGCCCGCGCACACGCCUGGUUCCACCACAAAGGGGAGCGACGGAUGCCGACGGAAACGAGGCUGCUGGUGGAGCACCUCACAGAGGGACCCAGCCUGGGAGGCCGGGGGGCGUGCGGCCAUCACGGGGUCCUUCGCAGGGGGAGACUGAGGCAGAGCCGAGAGCAGAUGUGAGCCGGGAGUUGCUGGGUCUGCAGCCUGGAGGAAAGGCUCCGUGAGCCACGAGGGCAGGCAGCAUCUGGAAGGGGGGAACACAGGAAACGGAGGGGGGACACAGCCCAGAGAGACCCCGGCCAGAACUCUGACUCCAUAGCGGAAGCACAGGAAGCUUGUGCGGUUGGGCCUCUCUGCGUACAGUAAUUUGUUACAGAAGCAGCAGGACACUCCUAUGGGCUGUGUGGGGUCCAGGUAGGAGACCCCCAGUGUGUCCUAGGGGCUCCCUGGCUAGCGGCUGACAACUGUCAUCUGGGGGAGGUAGAGCCGAGUUUCCAUGUUGGAUGUGGAAGGCAGGGCUGGCCUGUCAGUUCAGAGCCCAGAGUGGGCACCGUUAGGUCACUGCGGCUGGGGAGCGGGUGUGUUUUACCGUAAGUAAAAAGAGCGUUCUCAUUUCAGCAGCACAUACACCAAAAGUGGAAGGAUACAGAGAAGAUGGGCAUGGCCCCUGCAUGACCACGACACACAAAUUCGCGGGUGGGAGGGCGUCUCUCAGGCUGGCUGCAGUCGGGCACAAAGGCAGAGAGAUGGACUGGCUGAAAAGAAAGGGCCUCUGGGGCAAGAAGAAACCCAGGCUGGAAGAAGAAAAAGCAGACAGCGAGCUCCAACAAAUCCUGCCCAGUGAUGCCCGGGGGAACCGGAGGCAACAGCGCAAGGGCCGUCCUUCAAAGCUGGCGCAGUGGAUCACAGGGUUCGGGACGAUUGCUCAUUAAUAAAGGACCCCAAAAUGUUUUUCAUCUGACAGAAACUUCCAAAGGCUUCCUGGAGUUGGUCCAGGAUGGGCAGUUCCGGGAGGCCUGCCAGACCAUCUCCACGUUGGAGGAGGAAGGGCAGGACUGCAGCCCCCAGUAUGAGGCUGUGGCCCGGAGCAUGUGGCAGGUUGUCCAGUAGGCUCUGGACGGCACUGGGCCCAGCCAGGGGCUGGAGCAGAAGCUCCAGGCGGUGCUGGCCACUGUGAAGUGGACACAGGACCAGCAUGAAAGGCGGAAGGCCAGUGCCCCCCAGGACGGCGGAGUGGCCACCUGGGCCGGUCAGCUGAAUAAGUUACUGAGAAAUGAUGCUGAGAUCCGAGUGCCCACCCUGGGCCCCAAGGACCAGCUGGACCUGUACCUGGAGAAGCUAGACAAGGCAGUGAGACAGGGCCUGGGGUCCCCGCAGGCGAGCCGGUUGGGGACCUGCCUCUGGGAGGUCUACAGGACAUACUUCCACGAGGUUCUCCUCGGCCGCCUCUCCGAGCUCACUCAGUCCUGCGGCGCAGACUUGAAAAGCUGUCUGGUCCUGUACACCUGGGGCAAGACCAACUUGUUCGAGCAGCCUGGCAGGGAGACACUUGCAAAAGGGCGCCGGACCUCCUGGGAGCCCGUGGCUGGGCAUCUCCUGGACCCCCUGAUGUUUGUUACUUGGAUGUCCCAAAUGCAGCAGAUGCUGGUAGGGCUGAUCCAGGAAGAGUUGAGAAAGCAUCUAGACAGAGUCCUGUUCUAUGAUCUGAAAAAGUGGGUCCAGUGUUCCCACCCAACGUUUCUCGACAUUUUCCAGCUGCUGGAAGAAAGCAUGAAUGCAGUACACCCCAUGGGACUACCUAUCAGUAGCCAGGUGCAAGGGAUGGUUCUGGAAAAUUUUUCAGACUUUCUGAAAAGCUACCAGAAGAAGGCUGUCGGCUUCAUCCAGCAGAACGCGGUCGCUGGGGCCUUCCCAGAGGUGCACGUGCUGGCAAACUGCGGCAUCCUCCGGGAAACGUGGCAGGAGCUGACCCAGAAACGCGAUCCGCUGGUGGACCUGGGCCCCUAUGUGCAAGGGACCAUCCAUGACAUUGAGGACCACAGCCGGGAUCACCUCCUGCCUAGAGUCAGAGCCUUGUGCCAGAGUCUGCUGAGGGGCCACUUCGGGCAGAAGAAGAAGGGUCUGGUUGGAGCUCUGCAGUUCCUGUGCCUGGAGGGCUGCCCCACCGUGCACUCCACUGCCACGUACGAGCUUUCCCUCAGGCCUCUCCAUCUCUUUGUUCUUUUGGGGGAGCAGAGAACCAUGCGACGUUUGCACAUGGUGGUCUUUGGGGAGUAUGUCUGCGCCCUGGCCACCUACCUCAGGACACUGGAGCCCAGGAAGUGGGAGGGCCUGCAGGAUCAGGUGCAGACAGACACCAGGGCUCUGCACAACAUCUUCACGAAGCACCGGGACCUCAGCUUGGCCAACCCACAGGAGCCCAUCAUGGAGAUCUUCCAGUCCACUGAGAACAAGAGCAGGGAGACCGUGGAUGACUGGCUGGCCUCCUUCCGGGACAGAUUCCCAGGUUAUGUGAGCACACAGGACCAGCCACACAGCUCUAUGGACUUGGAGGAGGAGAUCAAGGUCAAGAGAAGGUCCUGCUGCUGCUGCUAUCCCCAGCUCAGACAAGGUGACCCAGGCUGCAAGGCUCCAGGGGAGGUGGCAGGAGAGGGUCCAGCCCCGGGCAGGGUGGGGAGCCGGGUCAAGGGGCAGCCAGAGCACAAUCUACUUGUUUUCAGUAGACACAGCCUCACCUUGUGGCCUAGGCCAGCAGUUCUCAGAUAUUUUCGUCUCAGGACCCCUUUACUCUGAACAAUUACUAAACUAAAGAACCGUGGGUUAUGUGAUUAUAUGUAUCACAUUAGAAAUUAAAACCGAGAUGGGUGCCUGGGUGGCUCAGUGGGUUAAGAAUCUGCCUUCACCU